AUGAAGUUCAUCACUAUCGUGGCGGUGGCUGGUGCUCUGGGUUUUGCUACUGCAAUACCAACCCAGGAAAAUGGUUACGGCAAAGGCUGGGAUUUGCGAAAUUUCAAGAGCCUCGUCGCUUUCGGCGAUAGUUACACAGACGAGUCAAGACUGGCAUACUUUUCUGAGAACGGGGCUGCACCACCCGUCGGCACGAUUCUACAGGAGGGCCUCGCAACCUCUACAGGCGGCCGUGUCUGGGCUCGUUAUGUCGUGCAAUACACUGGGGUCAACCUCUACAAUUAUGCUGUGUCUGGCGCGGUAUGCUCAAACGAUAUAACGCCCCGAUUCUUAUCGGAAGCGCUUGGCCUAUUCCCGUCCGUUCAGCAGUAUGAGAUCCCAGCCUUCAUUGCAGACUCCGCAUAUGUCUCACCUCAGGGCAACAAGGUGCUCGAUAUCCCAGCAGACCAGACAGUGUACGCCAUAUGGAUUGGGACGAAUGAUCUUGGUAACAAGGCAUUCCUCACCGACUCCCAGGUCAAAGGCAAAACCCUGGUCGACUAUAUGGACUGCGUCUACAGUGCACUUGACGAGGUGUACAAGAAUGGCGGGAGAUAUUUUGUCGUGAUGAACGUUGCACCAUUGCAACUACUCCCACAGUACGCAGUACCUGAAGCUGGUGGUCUCAGUGCGACGCAAUACUGGAAAGAUAAGCCCAGUAAUAUCACUGAAAUAAGCUAUCGUAUGCUGGAGUCUGUUGUCACUGUCAACGACAUCUACAAGUACAAAACGCCGUACGAGGUGAAAGUGGCACAACGCUACCCCGGCGCACAGUUUGCGGUAUUCGACACAAAUGCCUUACUUUCCGACAUAUACUAUCAUCCCGAGCAAUUUUUAAAUGGUACUGCUCCUCUAGACGUCACAAGCUCUGUGAACGUGUGUGAUGCGGUCACUGAGAAGUGUACGCGUGAUCCUAAUGCAGAUGCAUAUGCAUGGUUUGACGCUCUGCAUCCGAGUGAACAGACCGAUCGCAUUAUCGCUCGCGAGUUUGUGGAAUUGACCAAAGGAGCUAGCAAAUACGCGACAUACUGGGGCUGCGAAGAAGGAAAUUUGAGCACUUAG